AUGGACGGAUACCUCGGAACACCACAAGACACGCGGGCGCACCAGGCCGCGGCCAAAAUGGCGCCGGACGCCAGCAGCACAGACAGCCCAGCAAUAGGCCCAGCCAGAGAGGAGUCACUGACCCAAAUUGCAGCAGACUUGGCCACAAUAUCGGCAAACAUGAUGUCCAGGACGGAUAAAACAGAACCUAAAAGGAUUGAAAUCACAGUCUUCAUUUAA